CCGGCGCUUCCAUGGUACACUGUUUAACCGCACCAAGCUGAUGAGACUCAAGGUGCGGGAGCUGCGCGACUACCUCCACCUUCACGAGGUGCCUACACAGACUUGUCGUGAGAAGGAGGAGCUGGUGGAUCUGGUUCUGGAUCAGCUCACCCCAAGAGAUGCCACUGUUUUCCAGUCAGGGUGUGACAACGGUCCGAUCUUCCCAGCAGCUGGGGGUCCGGCCAGCACCGACUCCCAGCCUCAAGAAACCAGCCAGUCAGGAUUUGAGGCCCAAAGCCAUGGGCAGGUUUCAGAGGAUGAAAAUGAAGAGGAGGAGGAGGAGGAGGAGGAGGAUGAGGACGAGGAGGAAGACGAUGAUAACGAUGAAGAGGACAAGGAGUCGACAGAUAGUGAAGAGGGACUAAUGCCGGGCAGAAGGGCGUCCCUGUCGGACCUGAGCCGGGUGGAGGACAUCGAGGGCCUGAGUGUCCGCCAGCUUAAAGAAAUCCUCGCCCGAAACUUUGUUAACUUCAAGGGGUGCUGUGAGAAGUGGGAGCUAAUGGAGAGAGUCACCCGCCUCUACAAUGACUACAAAGACCUGCAGAACCAAGACUCUGUUGCAGCGAAGAGGCUGGAUGAGAACCUGUGUCGGAUUUGCAUGGACUCCCCUAUUGACUGCGUCCUGCUGGAAUGUGGGCACAUGGUCACCUGCAGCAGGUGUGGCAAGCGCAUGAACGAAUGCCCCAUCUGCAGGCAGUACGUCGUCAGGGCUGUACAUGUGUUCAGGUCCUGAUGCAUGACAGCACUGACCCUUUGGACUCACACUAAUCAGUGACAGUUUCCUUAUUUCACAUUCAAAUUAAUUUGUAGUACUGACUUUCUGAGCAGAAACACCCGUUUGGGUUUCACCUUGUCUAAAACCUUUUGUGCAAUGUGUGUGUGCUGUCAUCGCCAACUUCUGAUUUGGAUUUUUGUAACAGCAGUUUUUGAAAUGCAAAAAGCAUUUGAAGAUACAAACAUGUAGUCUGUAUAAGGUGAUGUCCCGCCUACAAGAACAUCUGAGGGGAUGACAUAGAGCGCUAAAACUGGGCUAAACAGAGACAAACUAAUGGCAGGCAAAAGGACUUUUCCAGAAAAUCAGCUCCGUAAAUUAGAAUAUUUUCUUUGUUACUGUGCUUUGGUGAAAAGGAUCAGAUGCUGGUUAAGAAGAUCCACGUUUCUAUGAGCCUAGCUGAAUGAAAUCUGGACCCAUUUUGGAA